CGCAUACAAAUUUUAACGUUCUCACUCAACUGGAUUGUAACCUUAAAACACUACCAAGUUCCGGCUUUCCAGUUUCAAUCUUCCCACACACCUCAAGCGCAAUCUCCAAGACACCACCGUCAUGUCCAGGCACGUGCGAUUCGAUCUCGGAGAUAUGCUCCGCGGCGGUGGCCACCAUGGCCACUCACACAAAAAACAAGCCCCCAAACACGUCAAAGAAGACUCUCACUUCACGUUCGUCAAAGCUUUGAGCAAGCAAGCCGGGGGUGACACCGGUGCCCUCAAUGGCGGUAUCUUCAUCGUCAGGUCCAAGGGUUCAGGCGCCCUGUGCGUCGAGAAGCGCUUCACGAGAGAAGAUGUCAAAGGACUGCACGCCAAACGCGAGGUCAAUUAUCUCCGCAAGCUUCGAGGCCAUCCAAACAUAUCUCAUCUCAAGGCCUACGAGCUAGACCCUGGUGAAGUCCCGCGCAUGGUCAUGACUUACUAUGAGCUUGGAGCCCUCGACACUCUCAUCGAUCGCUACAAGCGAAAAGACCAGUUCCUGCCAGAAGGUUUCCUCUGGCGCGUGUUCCUCGAUAUUGCGAAGGCGCUCCGAUUCUGUGUCUACGGGAUCCGCCAGGAGGGCGACAAAGCUGAUCCCGAAUGGGACACGAUUCUCCACCGUGAUAUCAAGCCUGGAAACAUUUUCCUCACAAGCAGUGGCUCGCUCUACCCUAGAAGCGUGCUCGGUGACUUUGGCUGCGGCAUUUCCGAGAGUGACAUCACAACUGCUCUCGCGAGAGAUGAGCGGGUGAGCCGUCAGGCCAGAGCCUUCGCCCCUCCUGAAUCCCCCGAUUACGAUAGACGGAGCGAUGUCUACCAGCUCGGACUGGUGAUGCACUGCUUGUCUCGCCUUCUCAGGGUGCCGGAUCAUACGGUAAGGAGCGCUCCGAUCAAGAGCAUCCACGGCGAGCUGCUGGGUCAGGUGGUUGGGGCAUGCUUGAGGCGAAACACGUCGGAGCGCGAAUCUACGUUCUUCCUGCCAGGAGUGGUGGAAAAAAAAACCAAGGAAUAUCUUGAGAACCAUGAGCCAAAGACACUCGCUACUUGGGCCUUCAACUAAGCUGAGUCGCUCCCUCACUCCCUCAGGUGAUAGCUAGAGUUCGCUACUAAAUGAUCUGGUGUAGAUUGUGGCAGCAACAACUUGUUCGCAUUGAGCUCUCCUCUUUACUAACUAGAUUUUUAACUACUGCAUGCUUUCUAGUCAAACCUGUAGCUCACAGCAUAACAUAACAUAAUAAAG